AUGGCGGGCAAGCCAAGCCGAGCAUUGGUGUUGUACUGUAAUGGGUUGGCCCGUUUCAUCGGCCCAUCUCAUUAUCAUCUCCAUUCUCUCGCAUCAAAAGCUUCAUGUGGCUUCUUAACCCUCCCCAGCGCCCCUCCUUAUGAAAGUGAGGAUGACAGAGUAGUUAGAGAGUUUGCAGUAUUGAUGGAUGCUUGUGAAGCUUAUACCGAUCAGCUUCACAGUAACACUAAAAUGCCAACAAUAUCAGAGAGGUUCAUGGGAAUGAAAGCUGUUAUAAUCACAAAAAAUUCAAGUUUGAAAGUUUUUGGUGCCAAACUUGGCUUAACUGUGUUGGAAUCCAAUGACCUAGUUAAAAACCUGCAUUCCCUUGCAGAAGUACCAGCGGAUGUUGUGGCGUCUGAGUUGCUAAACUUGCUUGGAUUUAAAGAAGGGAAGACUCUAGAGACAAGCGAGUAUGAUUUAGUUUGUGUGCAUGUAGGGGAUGGUGGAAGGGUAAGUGGUGAGAAAAACAAGGCCGUUGCGAAGGACAUGGAGUAUGUCAAUUCUUUGGUUGGAGAUAUAAUGAAGAUAGCCCAACCUGGAUCCGAAAUUGGUUCCCGCCUGCAUUUGUCCCUCAUGAUGAGCUAUGGCCAUGUCCCAGAGGACGAUGAUCCCAACUUAUCAGUUUUAACUACUAAAGAUGAGAAAAAAUCUGAUCUUUUAAUGCUCUUCCCUCGUCAAAGUUACACCAUGAGAGGAGAAAAUCAACGGCAAGAUGUUAGGCAUCAUUUCCCUAUGUUGAUUGCUCAAUGGCAAUAUGGUGUAACCCGCAAGUAUAUGACAAAGCAUGGUGGAAAUCUUGCCAUACCAGCAGAUCGGUUUAUACACGAGGUGGCCUUCAAGCUUUGGAAGGCCCCCAAUUAUGGAGCAUGA